AUGAGUGCUCCUCCAACUAGUACACAGAUGACUUCGAGCGGUAUCAGUGCUAAACAGACGGGUACACAAAUGGCGCCAAGCACCGUGGUGGGGAAGCGCCGUCGUCUGGGGGGAGAAGACGAAGAAGGUCUACAAGAGAAACACAUUAAUGAUAGCUUCUCUGAUUCUGAGAAUGAAGAAGAUUCAGACGGAUACCUCAUGCAUGAGGAUGUUCUGGAACGGAAACAAAAGAAAACUGUCAAGUUGAAAGUAAUGACGCAAGUGAGACAUCGAAAUGAAGGGAUAGGGAAGAUAGCCGGAGAUCAUCCAGUCCCAAAAGCAGCAACUCCGCUUUCUAGAGCCAUCCAUGAGUAUGUUCGAAUGCUCAUGGGCAUCCCACGAAAAUCAAGAGGCUCUUCAGCCGCUGAACACGCCGCGAUGAAAAAAUUACCAGAUGCUCCAUCGCCUGAAGAACUCCAUGUUUGGGAGACUCGAAGACAAAGACGAGAGGUGUUUAUCAGGGAGGCACAGGACAAGGCCUUGAAAAAAUACCUUGCAAAAAAACCUCCUGGUUUCAAAAUAAACCAAAAGCAGAAGAGAACUGUCGAAAAGGACGCCGCAGAGAUGGCGACUCUGAAAAAUCCGAUGCAUCCGGUCAUCUUCUCGUCUCGCAUCUCGUCUGGUAGUCGCUCAAAAUAUGCCCAUCACUUCGCGGUACAAUGCGAGUCCACCUUGGCGAUGGCAGGGUUGCCAAGAUGUACCUUUGAUUGGGAAGCAUCCUAUGAUACACCUUGGAAUCAAGCAACUGCUACGAUCAUUCUAUCUCACUGGGUCAAGGUUUACAAAGCAGGCGGCGCAAGAGGAUUUGGUAUUCUUUCCACGGAGAACACUGCUUCAGAUCGUGAAGAAAUCCUUCGUCGCUGGUGUGGUAAUAAGGCUACAAAAUUCCGAGAACAGAAUUGA